AUGGAACUUUUACCAGAGGGUCAGAAAAACACUACGGAGGUGACCUGGCAAGACCAGCUAAAGAUUAACUCUUUCUCUACAUUGAUAUCAAAGAAAGACGCGCUGAGUGCAACUCUCGAUGUGAACAAACAGGAGAAAGAAUACCUUGACGAUUUAGCACUAGAGAUUGAACUUGUCGACGAAGAUGAGAAACUGAAUUACAAGAUUGGUGAUUCCUUUGUUUUGAUGAAACAAUCUGAAAUUGUGGAUAGAUUGGAGAAAGAUCAAGAAUUGCUGGACUCUAAAAUUAGUGAGCUGGAAAGCCAAAUUGAGGACAUCGAUCAGGAACUUAAUAAUCUGAAAAAGCUGCUUUAUGCUAAAUUCGGCAACGCCAUUAAUCUCGAAAGAUAG